CGGAGACCUCUUAUCACUUCGCUACUAGAACCGGUAGAGAACGGAGUAGUUACAAAUAGAAGACAACAUCUAGUGUUCCACAAACCAUCGCUGUAUACUGUUAAGGAGGAGUCCUGACACACAACAUGCAGACCAAGACAAUAUUCCUGCUGGCGGUGUGUCUGGCUGUAGUUGCCUCGUGCGCCACCGCCCUAAACCAUUCCAGACGGAGACGAUACAGGCCCGAUGAUCCCAAGUCCAACACCAUCCUCCAUACGCCAAAGGUUCCCCCAAACACCAUCAAGGCAGAAAUGGCCCACUGCGUGCCUGAGAACCAGGCGGUGGAUCUGGGCCUGCGCCGGGAGGCAGGGAUCAAGUAUUUCCCAACCUGCGUGAGAGUGGAGCAGUGUGGCGGGUGCUGCAGUAAUCCUCUGUUCACCUGCAAGCCCAUUAGCACAGAGAUGGUGACGUAUGAGGUGACGAAAUUCACGCAUGUUGAAAAAGAUGUCUGGACACCCAGCCCUUUCUAUGUGAAUGUGACCAAGCACGUGGAGUGUCAGUGCCAGUGUUCGGUGACAGAGCAAAAUUGUACCGAAGGCCAGACUUAUGACCGUGACAACUGUACCUGCAUCUGUGACAACAAGGAACAGAAACAAGCAUGUGACAAAAACGACAAGAAGUUGUGGGACAGCACUUCUUGCACCUGUUACUGCCGGAAAGACAAGGAGUGCCCCUCAGAAUCUGUCUUCUCACCAGACACCUGCGAGUGUGAGAAAGUGAAACAGUGACGUAUCCUGGAGUUCCUGAGGGCCAGCGCACUGCACCCGACGCUUCCACGGAGGCGCUGCAAGGAGCAACACAGACGCCACGACCGCUUACCUACUACAAUACUCUCUAUUUAUUAAUGUUUAUUUUGUACAGUAGCACUUUCGUUGUCAUUCUCUUCCUCUCUUAGCAUUAGGAGUCCCGGAUAUGUAUGUGUAGACAUAGGUGAAACAGAAAAUAGGAGGUGGAGGUAGACUGUAUUUUCUGAGUUACAGAACUAGUCAACACUGAACAGUACAAAGCUAAGUGUUUAAGUAAUUGUAGGUCAUUAUAAGAAUAUUGUCUAGUCGUGACAUUACAAUAGAAUUUUCCUUGAUUCUUGACCCUUGAUCUCUUGUUACUAUAACUGGUACUAUAACUCUUUGUUUUAGUCACCUGAUACAAAUGUACUAAGCAUAAAUAAAACUGCAGGUGUUAA